UAAUGAAGAUUUGUUGCAUUAAAAACUAGGCAUCUAGGAUCUAUGCCACAUUGCAUUAAAUGCUCAUUUUCUUUCAGAAAGAAGAUGAGACAGUUGUUUCAUCUGAACGUCCAGUAGACAUCGGUGAUUGGAACAGAGACCAUGUGAGACAAUGGAUGCUCGAGAUACAAAUGGAUAUAAAAGAUGCAGACAUGUUGUACAAUCAGGGACUGAAUGGAGCUGGUCUUCUCCACUUGAAGGAGGCUAAUCGUUUAAUGCAAAACCUACCAUCAAAUGCAAAAGAAUUGAUUUUUCAAAACAUAGACCGUUUGAAGGAUAAGACUCAAACAUUGAAUGACAUGGUGGCUCAGUCUUGUAGCUUGAAGCCUUACCCUUUCUGUAGAUUUAAUGCUGCUCACAGGUACACAGAAAACCACAUUCUAGACGUAACUGAAACUGGUCCUAAAGACCUCAUACAACCAUGCCAUGAAUUCAAAGGAUUCACAAACACAACAGAAAACAACAGAUAUAACAAAUACACCUAUGAAGUAAUUCGAUUUGCAGCAGCUUGUAUGAACAGCCGCACAAAUGGCUCUAUUCAUUUCGGAGUGAAAGACGAUCCACAUGGACAAAUUCUGGGUGUUAGACUUCAGAACACAGAUAAGUUUGAAGUACAACAGUCACAUGCAAUUGAAAAACAUUUUUCAAAUGGUCGUGUUCAAAUAGCAAAGAGGUGUAUUACCCCACGAUUUGUUGAAGUUCUCAAGGCUGACAUGACAUCCACAGGAAAGUGUGUUAUUGAGGUAGAUGUAGAGCCAUCUUUCAUAGUCUGUCAAGAUUUUCUCUUUUAUACGUACAAUAUGGACAAAAAUGAAAAUGGAGGGGAAAAAAAGAAAGGUGACAAGUCUUUGUUUGUAAGAGAUGGCAGCAGCAGCAGGGAUCUUAUUACCUUAAAGGAGCGUGAUAAAUAUAUCCAGGCCAUGCCACAGUUGUCCCAGUUGAGGAAGGACGCUGAAGAAAAGCAUCUCUCUGUUGUCAAAAACAGUGUGCAAGGCUCUAAACUGUGUGAGAUGAUGACAGGAGGGACCCAGUCUUUGGACAGGUCACACUUUGCACGCUACAUUGUGGUGGCUAACAAGUCCCAUUCUGUUCUGCAUAAAAACCUGAGUUUCCUUCUUCACUUGGAUCCAGUGGCCGUUUUGGAUUUCGACCCAGAAUCUACUGAGAACAGCUUGAAAAAGCUGUUUGAAAAGAGAAAAAUCAAUGCUCACUUGCCAGCUCAGUAUAAAAUUACAGGUGCAGUUGAAGACAUAGCAAACAAGUUAAAACUGACUAAACAUACAAGCUGGGUUUUCUGUAACGGGGGCAUUAAUGAGGAAAGGCCCUCUGAUGCUGACAAAUGGUCGAUUGAGAAGGGAUCUUCAGUGCGUGAUGUAGUUUCUUUCCUGUGCCGAAAAGAUGUGCUGCCUCACAAGAAAUUUCUCACCAUAUUCUUGCUAUUAAGUCAGGUGAGCGAUGGAAAAGACCCUUUGCUUGAGACCUUCGAUAUGUUUUUACAAGAGCUCAAGGGAGUAAACCAAAUCUUAUGCAUUAGUGACAAUGAAACGUCACACACCUACUGGAAGGAUCUCAUUGAGGGCCGGUGUAGAGUUGACAUCUCUACAAGAUGCAUUUAUGAGCUGAGUUUUGCUGAGGUCAAUGGGACUGUGCUCAGUCUGUGGUCAGAGAAUCGCAAAUCAAGCCGCUUUCUGCCUUGCGGUGGUGGCAGUAAUGUUGUGCUCUCCAAGAACACUGAGGACUCCUUAGAAACGCUAAGUAUUCUUUGCAUGAACCAAUGUGAUGGAGGAAAUGAGGACAAACAAAUACAUGAGGAGAUAUUUUACAAGGGAGGGAAGGUGUCUUGGUGGAACUUCUACUUCUCAGAACAGCCCGGAUCAAUGCCAUUCAUCAAACGAGACAAAUUCAACUACAUCGUCAACACUAUUAUUCCAGACAUAUGCAAUCGGAAGAGACUGUGUGAGUUUUUCAGCAUCUUCCAUCUUCCAGGCUGUGGGGGCACUACUUUAGCCAUGCAUGUUUUAUGGACACUCAGGGAUAAAUUUCGUUGUGCAGUUCUGAAAGACAAAACAGAUGAUUAUACUACCAUAGCUAAACACGUAGUGCAGCUGCUAACAUAUGAGACAAAAGAGAAUCCCGUUUUGCUCAUGAUCGAUGAUUUCCAGAACGUCUCUGAUGUAAAGAAACUCCAACUUCAGAUUGAGGAGGAAUGUUUGAAGGAAAACACUUUUUCAAAGUCUCCACAGGUCAUAAUUGUCAACUGCAUGAGAGCUGAAUCCAGUGAACAGAAUGAUGAUGCAGUUUUUAUCGGAAACAAUUUAUCAGAGAAGGAACAGGAAUUGUUUGAGGAAAAGCUUAAGGAGUUUGAGCAGACCAAUACAAACACUAAAACUUUUUAUGGCUUCAUGAUUCUGAAGAACAACUUUUCAUCUGACUAUAUUCAGGGUAUUGUGAAAAGUACCCUGAAGGGUUUCAACUUCCAAGACAAACACGCUCAACUAUUUGCUGUUCUUGUCCUCUUGCAUGUCUACUGCAAGGAUGCAUUGCUGUCCGUCUCUACAUGUGAAGAGUUCCUUGGUCUGCAAACAAAAGCAGCUUUUGAACCUUCCAAGGUCGAAGAUGGAUUUGAGCAGUUUUCCACUCUUUUGACAAGAUGCACAGUCAAUUCCAAAAUUAGCUUUGAGGGUGUGACAGUGAUUCACUACAGAAUAGCUCAACACUGUUUGAAAGAAUUUUCAGCUUUGUCUUCCAAAGUGACAAAAGCAGAAGUCACUAACCUUCUGCUCACAACAGACUUAUUUUAUGAACAUGCUCUAGGAAAACAAAAAUUAAUGCAGGAUGUUCACAGCAUUCUGGUGAGGAGGCAGUAUUCGGCUGAGGCUGAACAGUCACUUUUUUCUCCUCUUAUCCAAGAUAUAAUGAAGGAGACCCCAGGGAUGGAAGAAAUUAUUCUACAGAAUGCAGCAAAGUGCAACAGAAAAGAUGCGGUAAUAUUCCAGCUCCUUGCCAGGUACUACUACAUAAAAAAAUCUGACUUUCCCACAGCCAUGAUUUGGGCAAAGAAGGCCAAAGGCCUUUCAAAGGACAACUCAUACAUAUGCGAUACAGUGUCACAGGUCCUUUUACGUGAGCUCAAGCAUACUGUUCACAAUGACAAAGAUGAUCCCAUCAAGCCAGAGAGUCUUGACAGGUAUCUUACAUUGGCUGAGUCUGCAGGAGAAGCUUGCAAAGAAACACAACAAACUGCAAACAAAGAGGCCAUGACUGGACUGGAAAGGCAAAACCAUUAUAACACCUACAACACUGCUGGUCAUUUCAGUGAACUUCAAAUGGCAGUUACCGUCAUAAAAAUACUGCAAAAAACACCAUUUAGCCCAGAAUUUACUUGCAACAAUCACCUUACUCGAUUCUUAUUGGGUAAAAUUACCAUCAAUGAUUUGUCAAGAAAGUACCCUGAAUACAAGCAAUAUUGUGAUGUAUUGCAGAAUCAUGUGCGCUUUCUUCUUCAACUAAAAAACACAAUGAAGCAGCAUUUUGAUUUUUUCAACAAUUUUUCUGUCAACUUAGUACCUUUUUUUCCUGGGAAGGACAAACAAAAAGAACUGACAACGCACACCAUCUCCAGGUAUUUUAAACGGUAUGGUGAACUCUUUUGGGAAGUAGAUAUAAAUAGGAGUGAGCUAUUCAUCGAUGAUCACAUGAUCACAAUUGAGCAGACCCGUGAAUAUCUGGAGAGGAACAAAGGUGAUUCUUAUACUGGCCUUCUGAAAUAUCUGUAUGAGGAAGAAUCUGCAUCAACUCUUGAAGAGAUCAUCCAGCAGUAUACUGUCAUUCUGAACUCACAAGUGAACGUUGACAUGAUGGACUUUGUCAACUUUAUCUAUGCCAAUGUAAUUCUCGCCAACAUCAAACCUGCAUCUUUGCACAUCACGCCUUACGAAGAACUUCAGAAAUUGCUCUUUGAGACAAUCGCUCGCACUGAGAAUUUCUACGAGACCCUGGCAUUGCAUUACAUUACAGUUUUGUUGUUAUGGCAAGAGCAGAACUGUGAAUUACCCACUUUUGUGUCAAAACUGAAGAAGUCAUACACUGAGCUGACACCUGUGUCUAAUGGAAAGAGGGCAGCUGUCCAUUUUUACCUAGGGACGAAAAUAGGUUAUAGUGGCCUAAUUACCAAUAGGGAUAUAAACAGAUGUUUAGGAUCAGGACGGGACAUCUCAAAUCAAUGGGAUAAUAAAAAAAUACGAAAGCAAGUGGGAGACAGUAAGAAGCUUCGCCAAGUUUCUGGCAAAAUUCUCAACAAUUUGAUCUGGUUUGAAAAUGUUCAGGUUAAGGUUGAUCCAAUGUUCAGAAUACAUAAAGAAUCUGGCAAAAAAGGGAAAUUUUUUAUUGGUUUCUCGAUGAAUGGACCAGUUGCGCUUGACUUACUUUGAGUCAAUGGAUGGAUCUGACUGAUGACCAGAGAAAUAUUUCAUCUAGGAAGACAAAACUUUCUAGAUUUCCAGUUCAAAACAUCAAGACACUCAAGUCAAAGGAACUCAUGGACCAAUGCCCUGUAUUAGUUAUUAGACAUUAUUUUAGUUUGCCAUAUUAUCAUAUCUUACACUCAUCAAUAUUAAUCUGUCUUUUAAUCAAUUGCAUGUUUUUGGACUUUGCUUUAGCAGAAUGCUUAAUUGUGUUUAAUCUGAAUUUUUUUUAAAGCAAUGGUAUUGUUUUUUAUGCGAGAGCUGACAGGUCAUGCCAAUGAUGCUCUGACUUCCAGAGAGCACACGUGUAGUACUUGAACCAUAUUUAGUUUUCUUUAUAUACAUUUUACAUACAUCUUACUGCAUUUUACUCGUACAUUUACUGUAUAUAUUCAAUUCUUUAUAUAUUUGAUUUAGUUUUACUUUAAUUUACAUUCUAAGAAAAGUCUGAAAAAUAUGGCCCAAUGUACCAUGUCAAUACGAAGGAACUUUGCAUAUUGAUUUUUCACAAGUGUUUUACAUGUAUUUGAAUUAUUCUUUGUGUUGUGCUGGAGGGUUGAAGGAAAUGUAAACAGAAAAUGAUUUUCUUCCAGGACAUUAGCGUAUCUGUUUUUCGUAUUAGUCAUAUGUUGUGUAAGGAAUCAUGUUUAAGCCUCAUUCUGCCUCUGUGCUGUUUCUGUAACUGCUGGAACGAGGGUCUGACUAUACUAAGGUAAUUGUCUGCAAGUUUUUCAAGGCCAAAAGUCACUGUUAAGAAGCAGUAAAUUUCCAUUCCCUUUGUUUGUGACCGUAACACUUGUUUAAUAUGUUUCUGUUGAGACAAAUGUUAUUAAAUAGACAUAUUUCCUAUCACUUCCUUGCACUCCUCCUGCAU